UGCUUCGCACAGUUGACUUUGACUCUUGGGACGGUCGGGUUUGUGGUUGGGUUUCAGAAGCAACCUGUGACAUAUUGCACACGCUUUGGACAGGAUGUAGCUCGGUAGACAGUGCAUCAAAAAAGAAAAAAGAAAAAAAAGAGCCUCGUCGCGGUGCAGCCAGAAACUUCAAAAUAACAGUUAGAGUAGCAAGUUGGGGUCUGGAGGAAGGUGUUUAGCCAUGCCCUGUUUUGUGAUGGCAAUGAACAUGUUGUUAAUAUGACAAAAUUUUGGUUUAUGGUCGUUUUUGUUAUGCGCAAAAACUGGAUUCUCCUUUUCUACGAACUUCAGCACCGAUCAUAGUGGAAAAAGACAAGAGUUGGAAUACGAAAUAAUGGCGACACAAAAUGACUGCUGUGUCAAGGUUUGCUUAAGGGUCCGCCCACAGAUGGCGAAGGAGAAGAUCGAGGGGUGUCACAUCUGCACCCUGGUGCCCCCCGGAGAGCCCCAGGUGCUGCUGGGAAAGGACAAGGCCUUCACCUACGACUUUGUGUUCGACACAGAUGCGCAGCAACAUCAGAUCUACUCCGCUUGUGUUCACAAGCUGAUUGAGGGCUGCUUCGAAGGAUACAACGCCACUGUGUUUGCCUACGGCCAGACCGGCUCAGGGAAAACCUACACCAUGGGCACGGGAUUUGAUGUGAGCGUGCUGGAGGAGGAGGAGGGCAUCGUUCCGCGGGCGGUGCGCCAGCUGUUCCAGGGCAUAGAGAGACGGCGGGCGGAGGCGCGGGAGCAGCCCCCUGAAUUUAAAGUCAGCGCUCAGUUUCUGGAGCUGUACAACGAGGAGAUCCUGGACCUGUUUGACGACUCUCGGGACCCAGACGCUCGCGAGAGGAAGUCCGGCAUCCGAAUCCACGAGGACUCCAGCGGAAGCAUCUACACCACGGGCGUGACCUCUCGCCUGGUCAGCUCCGAGGGGGAGUUACUGCAGUGUCUGAAGCGGGGGGCCCUCUCUCGCACCACCGCCAGCACCCAGAUGAACGCCCAGAGCUCGCGCUCUCACGCCAUCUUCACCAUACACAUCGGCCAGAUGAGGGUCAGCCACCAGGGGGAGCCGAUGAACGAGGAAUCGAUGUCACAGCCAGAGUACGAGACGCUGACAGCGAAGUUUCAUUUUGUGGACCUGGCGGGGUCGGAGCGGCUGAAACGCACCGGAGCGACAGGAGAGCGUGCUCGCGAGGGGAUAUCCAUCAACUGUGGCCUGCUCGCUCUGGGAAAUGUUAUCAGUGCCCUGGGAGACCAGAGUAAGAAAAGCAGCCAUGUGCCCUACAGAGACUCCAAACUGACCCGCCUACUGCAGGACUCACUGGGGGGAAACAGCCGCACGCUGAUGAUCGCCUGCGUCAGCCCCUCGGAUCGGGACUUCAUGGAGACGCUGAACACGCUGAAGUACGCCAACCGCGCGCGCAACAUCAAGAACAAGGUGGUGGUGAACCAGGACAAGACCAGCCAGCAGAUCAGCGCCCUGCGCGCCGAGAUCGCCCAGCUGCAGCUGGAGCUCACCGAGUACAGAGCGGGGAAGCGUGUGACGGGAGAGGAUGGGUCCGGCGGCUUCAGCGAUCUGUACCAGGAGAACUCGCUGCUGCAGCGCGAGAACGACGCGCUCCGUAUGCGCGUGAAGGCCCUGCAGCAGACCAUCGACGCCCUCAACAGCCGCGUCGCCCAGAUUCUCUCCAACCAGGCCAGCGCAAUGCUGAUCCAAUCUGGUGAUGGAAAUGAAGAAAUGGUGACUCUCGUCCAAAACUAUAUCAUAGAGAUCGAAGAGAUGAGGUCCAAGCUGCUGGAGAGUGAGGCGAUGAACGAGUCUCUGCGUCGCAGUGUGUCCCGUCUCUCCGCCCGCCCCCUGCACCCCUCCUCUCCGGUCUCCGUCGUCGGCAUGGAAACUGAGACCGCGGACGUGGUACAGUGGGCCAAGCAGGACCUGGAGAGGAUGAGGAAGAAGGAGAGAAAGCAGAGGAGGAAGAGCCCAGAGAAGGACAAGGGUCUGAAGAAGAGGCCGAAGCUGCAGAAUGGAGGCGGCGUGUCGGACCACGAUGACGCUGAAGAAGAGGAGGAGGAGGAGGAAGAGGAGGAGGGCCAUGAAGACCAGGAGGAGAGUGGCCUGGAUGGGAAUGAGGAAGAGGAAGACCAAGGGGAGGGAGGCUCUCACAGCGAAGAGGACUUGGAGGAGUCGGCGUCUGAUUCUGAGGAGAAAGAGAACUUCCGGGCGGAUCUGGCGGACCUGACCUGCGAGAUCGAGGUCAAGCAGAAGCUGAUCGACGAGCUGGAAAGCUGCCAGCGGCGGCUGACCAUGCUGAAGCUGCAGUACGAGGAGAAGCUGAUCCUGCUCCAGAACAAGAUCCGCGACACGCAGCUGGAGAGGGACCGCGUGCUGAACAGCCUCAUGUCCAUGGAGAACUACACCGAGGAGAAGGCCAGUAAGAUCAAGGCGGAGUAUGAGAAGCGGCUGGGGGAGAUGAACAGGGACCUGCUGAAGCUGCAGUCCGCUCAGAAAGAACAUGGCCGCCUGCUGCAGAACCAGAGUCGCUACGAACGGCAGCUGAAGAAGCUACAGGCCGAGGUGUCCGAGAUGAAGAAGGCCAAGGUGGCACUGAUGAAGCAGAUGAAGGAGGAGCAGCAGAGGAGGCGUAUGAUUGAAGCCAAGAGGAACCGCGAGAUCGCUCAGCUCAAGAAAGAACAGCGCCGACAAGAGUUCCAGAUCCGGGCUCUGGAGUCUCAGAAGCGGCAGCAGGAGCUGGUGCUGCGGAGGAAGACCCAGGAGGUGACGGCCCUGCGCAGGCAGGCCAAGCCCAUGUCCGACCGCGUUGCCGGCCGCGUGGGGCGGCGGCCUCAGCCCCUGGACUCGGGGGCGGAGCUGUCGGCCAGCACCACCUCCUCCGAGCCCGAGUCGGCCCGACCCGUCUCCGGCGUCGUGCAGCAGUGGAACAGCAAGCCCGGCGACUUCUCCGGCAGGAGCCCGAAUGGCGUCAGCGGCUCUCGGGUCGGCUGGAAGAAGUUCCCGAGGAAUGGGGUGGGGGGCAGCUUCUCCAGGACGGCCAGGCGGAAGUGGCAGGCGCUGGAACGGCGGAUCGCGGAGAUCGUCUUUCAGAGGACCACCAUCGCCAAUGUGGAGGCCGACAUGGAGCGGCUCAUCAAGAAACGCGAGGAGCUUUCGGCCCAGAUGGUGGCGCUGUUGUGCAAACGGGAGAGCCUGAUGGGCCGAGCGGUGGAGGAGGGACAGCGCCCUCUGCUGGCGCUGGACGAGGAGAUGGAGGCGCUCCGCGCCAACGUGGACUACGUUAACGACAGCCUGUCCGAGUGCCAGGGGACCAUCGUGCAGAUCGAGGAGACCAAGGAGGAGCUUGACUCAGUGGACACCUCAGUGAUUAUCAGCUCCUGCUCACUGUCUGAGGCUCGUCACCUCCUGGACCACUUCCUCAAGGCCUCAAUUGAAAAGGGACUGCAGGUGGCUCAGAAGGAGGCUCAGAUCAGGCUGCUGGAAGGCCAGCUCAGGCAGUCGGACGUGAUUGGCCUAACACAUAACCAUGUGAUCCUGGACUCGCUGCAGGAGAAGGCAGCAUGUAUCCCAGAGCUGCAGACUCUCACCAUCAAUAUGCAACCAGAGAAUGGCUAUGCCAGCACGGAUGAGGAGGUGUCUGAAUUCAGCCAGGUCAUAGAGGACAGUCUCUCUCAGUCCUUCCAAAUGAAGGUCUGCAGCCAGGAGGAUCUGAAGUUAAAGGUGGAGCCCCAGCUGUCUGCGCAGAUCCGGGCCGUGUCGGCAGAGUCUCUGGGCCCCGGGAUCCGAGCCUCCACCCGGCACAUCACCAAGUCGCUGGCCUCUCUGACGGAGGCGCAGGAGAACGGGCGGUGCCACGCCCUGAGGGAGCCCUGCCGCAGGGAGUCGAUCUCCCGCACCAUCAGCCUGCCUGUCCACGGGAACACCUUUCCCAGGCAGUCCCGGGCUGCAGGCUCCUCCCCUAUGAUUCGCAGGAAGUCACAUGAUCAAGGAUUCCCUCCCAGAUCGCCUGAGAUGAGCCUGACCCCUCCGACCUCCCCCCCCCUCCGACCGCGUUCCGACCGCAAUGUUUUCUCCCGGCUGACCAGCAACCAGAGCCAGGGUUCCGCGCUGGACAAGGGGGUGAUCAGCUCAUUUGGGGGAGUGAAAGGAGCCAGGACAGCCCCCCUGCAGUGUGUUUCAGUGGCUGCAGGACACUCCAAACCUGUACUGUGCUUGGAUGCCACAGAUGAGCUGCUGUUCACUGGAUCCAAAGAUCGUACCUGUAAGAUGUGGAACCUAGUGACGGGGCAGGAGGUUGUCACGCUGAAGGGCCACCCCAACAACGUGGUGUCUGUGAAGUACUGCAGCACUUCCUGUCUGGUCUUCACCGUCUCCUCCUCCUUCAUCAAAGUUUGGGACAUCCGCGACACCGCCAAGUGUGUGCGCACCCUCACUUCCUCCGGUCAGGUGAUAUCUGGCGAUGCCUGCGCCGGCACGGCCUCCCGCAGCGUCACCGCCACGCAGGGCGAGCUCCAGAUCAACCAGAUCGCCCUCAAUCCAGCCGGCUCUGCCAUGUACGCUGCGGCAGGAAACACUGUGAGGACCUGGGACCUCUGCAGGAUGCAGGCCAUCGGGAAGCUUACUGGGCACAUUGGACCGGUGAUGUGCCUGACAGUGGGGCGCUCCACGGACAGAAGAGACCAGGUUAUCACUGGGUCUAAGGACCACUACAUCAAGGUCUUUGAUGCGGCAGAAGGCAUGCUGGGAAAUGUAGUCCCCGCUCAUAACUUUGAGCCUCCGCACUACGACGGAAUCGAGUGCCUGGCUAUCCAGGGGGAUGUGCUCUUCAGUGGCUCCCGGGACAAUGGGAUUAAGAAAUGGGAUCUGGAGCAACAGGAACUUAUCCAGCAAAUCCCCAACGCGCACAAGGACUGGGUGUGUGCCCUGGCCCACGUGCCGAACCGUCCCAUGCUGCUCAGCGGCUGCCGGGGGGGCACGCUGAAGGUCUGGAACGUGGACAACUUCACCCCUAUUGGAGAGGUCAAAGGUCACGACAGCCCAAUCAAUGCCAUCUGCACCAACUCCAGACAGAUCUUCACUGCCUCAAGUGACAUGUCUGUGAAGAUCUGGCUAGCCAAAGUGGGGAGGAAAAGGUGAUGCUCUGGCUGAACAGCAUCGUCCCAGCGACCCCCAGGGGGCGCUCUUCGCUACAGGAGAGCCUUUGGAACUGUCUCCAGAUGAGAGAUGGCCUGAUUUAAUUCCCAUGGGGAGCAGGGAGGCCUGCAUGUGCUGGGGAGAGCCUGCACGGAUUCGAUGGGCUUUCCAGAUACUCUCCAGUCCUAACGGGAGGAGGUUCUUCUUGGAAACGAGAGCUUGCAGCAUAGGACUGUUAUAUCACACGAUAUAAAACUGCUAUAUUAAAGUACACAGCAUCCCUUUCCACUGUACUGCACUUAGCCAAGCCCCUUCAGGAAUACUCCUAAGAUUAACAAUCUUUCUACAUCAAUGGCAGAGAGACAGAAUUUACAAUGUUAACAGUACUGAGACUAGUAUCUUGUCCAACUGUAUAAUCUUUCACUGAAACCUUUUCUCCAGCCAUUUGUUUUUCUAUGAACAGUUGUUUUUUUAUCGCUGCCUAUGCUAUGACUCACCAAGGUUGUGGCAACCUGUGGCAAGCAAUUGUCUCCAAAGACAAUGCGAGUGAGAGAGUGUAGAUGUAGGAUGUCUUUGCUCCCCGUUGCCUUCAAACGAUUUUAAAGCAUCUCUCGGUGUGACUCUGCUCAGACCUGAAAAUCCACCCACUCGUUCUGUGUUUGUGCUUGUGGCAGUGUCACAGGUGGUGUUUUUCCUCCUUUAAGACAUCUCUGGACUAGACGGCGCAAUUGAUCCCAACUCCCUCACCUUUUAACCGCCUUUGGGGAUUUGAGGGUCAUUUGUAGGUUCCACAGGUUGGGAUUAACUUCAGGGAACAAGCGGUGUGGCAACCAGUAACUGCUAUAACUAUCUAUUCACUAUCUAAGUGCUAUUAACGGUCUCUCUGCCGAUAUAUAAAUUAUAACUGUGAGAGCAGGCAGGGUUUCUCCGAUGUGGUGUGUGAUACCUGCUGUCCAGGUGUACUCCUGGCAUGCCAAUGCUGGAAUGCACAUAAUGCACUUUAAAUGCUCUUCGUGUCACACGCAGACCUGCUGUAGAGCUCACGCUCCUCGUGUAAUUACCCGCCUCUCUCUGGGAGGACUGACUGUGGACUCUUUCCGUAAGUCCGCAGUCAGCAUCCAAAUCCACCCUCUUCCUGCCAGUUUUAUGUUCGCUACCUCAGCUGAGAACAGGUCGUUGAAACUAACGCUCUUUGGGAUGGGAUGGGGGUGUCAGUCAUCAUGCUCCAGCGGGGGCAGAGAUCAGAGCCAGUUUUCUGUGUUAGUGACUCCAUUACCCCUCCCCCACAUCCCUAGUAUGCUUAGUGACAGGACUCCCCAACCCCCACAUCCCCAGUUUGCUUAGUGACAGGACUCCCUCCCCCCACAUCCCCAGUUUGCUUAGUGACAGGACUCCCUCUCCCCCCACAUCCCCAGUUUGCUUAGUGACAGGACUCCCUCUCCCCCCACAUCCCCAGUU